AUGGCCUCCAGCGAGUGCGGCGCGCCCGAGGAGGAUGCUGGCGCAUCGACUUUCGUUCCUGAAGCAGGCGACUCCGUUUCGAAUCUCACAUCUGUGCCUUCUUCCUCCCUCUUGGACACGUGCCGCUGCGUCACCAAUGCUGAUGGCCACCACUUCCUGCUUUGCCAGGAAGAAGAAAACAUCGAUAUUCUGCGUCAGUCCUCAUCUUCGUUCUACCCCACGCAUCCAGAAGGCGUCUUCGUCCUCCACUCUCCACUGUUGCCGUCGCACCUUCACGGUGGAGCUGCACGCGCGUCGCUGUCUGAAGCUGAGCGGAACGCAGGCCCGCGGCGCGUCGUAGCCGUUUCGAUUCCUCUCGCUGCGAGCAAGUCCGAGCAAGAGGCGCGCGAACUUCUCAAGAGUCGGUUGCCUGGCUGGGAGGCAGCUCUGCGUGCGUUUCUCUCCACCGCGAAGGAGACCGCGAGCGCGAGUGCCGCGUCUGCGGCGGCAGAAAAGCAUCCGCAACCAGAGCCUUCGUCGGUCUCCGCGUCGCCUUCAAUGGAGGACCGAACGGGCGGUGUGGCUGACCUGGCCCCCGCCGGAAGCACGGACGCGUCGUCUUCUUCCCCUGUUGCCCCCGGCAGCGCCUCCUCCUCCUCGUCCUCUGCCGGCGCGCUGCCUGGCUCUUCUGCGCCUGCUCACGCCAACGAGGGGUGGACAGGCGCGGCAGCAGCAACCGACAGCCAGCACCACGGCGCCACAGCCGUGCAGACAGAGGGCCGCGGCUCCUCGCUGGGGGACGCGGCGACGCUGCUGCAUGCGGGCGCCGGCUUGAUGGUCGCGAAGGCGGAGCCCCGUGGAGAAGACGAGUCCUCUGCCGCGGAGUGUCCCUCGGGGGUGCCCAACGGACCGACGAAGCCCGAGAGCGGAGCGGCCGCGUCUCUCGGGGAGAGUGCAGGCUCGUCGUCGUUCCUGCGAGCCGCUGCGGAGGCGCCGAGCGCCUCCUCUUCUUCCUCUUCCUCCUCCUCGUGGGCGGCGGCGGGUAAGCCCGAGAAGGGGGGGGGCGCGUCGUCGGACGACGCGCAGGCGUCGCUGGGCGCCUCUUCGCGCUCGACCGCCGCUUCCGCCCCGGCGAACGGCGCGCCUCAGGCGAAGACUCCGUCGCAGGCUGCACCUGUGUCCGCAGCGGCGGCGAGUCACGCAGAUCGAAGCGCCGCUGCGACGGCGCGAGGCGGCCCAGGUUCUCUUCCCGCGACGAGCGACAAGCGCGGAGGCGUGGGAGCGUCCUCGGUGUCUUCUUCGCCUGCGGCGCCGCCCCAGCGCCGGCCGACGCUGUUUAAUCUCCUCGACGCGCUGGCGCACGACAGCGUGACGACCCCCGACCAGAGGAACUGCAUCCGCAGCGUCGUGACGGAUUUCUUGAACCACAGCCUGCCGCACGCCAAAGUCUACACGUUCAUCGGCGCAAUCGUCGGACACGACGUGCUGCAUGCGAUGGUGCGCAAGCUGGAGGAACAGCCCUCGCGCCUCGGCGCGCCUGACCAGGGUGGCCUCACGCGCAUUGAGAAGGCCUUCGGCCUCACCAAAACCAGCGGCACGGGCUCCGCCGGCGGGGUCGCUGGCGCAGCAGCAGGCCGCGGCGGCAGCAGCAAGGCGGACGACGAAGAAAAGGGUCACGCAAAAAGCGCGGGCGCGACGGGGCAGAACGACCCAGGGCACUAUCCGCACGGCGCCCGCAGUGGAGGCCGCGGCCAUGGCGGCGCUGCCGCCUCUGCGGGGGUCGACCAGACUGCGGGUGCGAACAGCCUCGCGCAGGGCGCGGAACGUGACGCCUCGGCGCUGUCUGCCUUGCCUCGCCACGCAGCGGGCGCAGUUCUUCAGAGCCAGGGGGCAGCUGACGGGAAGGACGGUCGCGGGCUCGCUUUUGGAGGGCAGCACAGCCGAGAGGAAGUCGUGAAGGCGAUGCGCAGGAACCUCGAGUCGCGCAGACAAAUCCAGGGCUCCGUCGACGUAUUCGACCGAGUGAAGUGGCUGCCGGUGCGUCGCGCGUUGACGCCGGUUCCGGCCUUUGGGCACUCCCUCGUCACCUUCAGCAACACGGCAGUUCUGUUUGGUGGGAGCAACACGGAGGGCGCGAUCAGCUUUCGCCAUGUCUUCGUCAUCAACACCAACGACUUCUCCGUCCGCGGCUUCCCGAUGGGGGGCGAGCCGCCCUGCGAACGCGACGGCCACACAACCACGGGUCUCACGACUGCUUCGGGCCCCGCUGUCAUUCUCUUCGGAGGCUGCAGCCAAGACGCUUUCCUCAACGACGUCUACAUGCUCGAAGUGGAUCCCAAGCGGUGGGUCCGGCGCCACCCAGUGGGUAAGGCGCCGCAGCCGCGCGACCAGCACGUGGCCGCGGUCUUUCCCGCGCGCACGGAGACUGGCGUCUGCCGAGAGAACAGCCAAGAAGUCCUCUCCGAGUUCCUCUUCAUUUUCGGAGGCCGCAUAGGGUCGCCCGAGGCCUACCAGGCGACGAACGACCUUUGGACCUUCCACCUGGCGACCGACACGUGGUCACAGGUGUUGAUUGAGGGCAGCGCCCGACUGCGGCCGCCGCCGCGCUUCGGCUGCUGCGGCGUCUGGUCCAACGACGUCUUCUUGACGCUCUUUGGAGGGGAGACGACCUCCCCGCUCUCUGCCUCCUCCGCUGCGCUGGCGGCGGAGCCGGCCGAGCGCGAAGACGAAGAGGAAAGCGAGGACCACGAGCACCUGCAGCAGCCGCGCCAGCUCCUCGACGACCUGUGGCACUUCAAAAUCAUCGACGUCGUGGGGGCAGGGAGCGGAGGGACUGCAGACCGGAGCGGCGCCCACCACGCGCGCGGCGCCCACGUCGUCGGCGAGUGGAUUCAAGAAAAAUACGAGGGCACUGUCGCACCCAGGUCGCACUACGCCGCGAUCUUCAUCACACAGCGAUACCAGGAACCGCGCGCGGAGCCGCGCACCGUGGAGCGUUUGAUGCUUGUCACGAGCGGCCUGACGUACGAGUCGGACUCGCAUCGGGCGAACGGCGCGAACGCAGUGCCGCGGACGAAGGCGCUCGCGCCGGAGGCGGGGGCGAAGCCGAGGAAAGUCGUGGAGACCGACCAGAUCUCCGUUUACUUCUUCAGCCGGAAGACCUGGUUCACGCUGAAGCCGCGCUACCCCGCGGAGUACGUCUACGACUUGUACGGCGCGCGACAGAGACACGUCGCCUGCUUCUUCGAAGCCCAACCGCUCACGCAACGUUCCCCAAGGCCCCCCGUCCCCUGUCUCCUGAUACACGGAGGAUUCCGAGGCAAACAAGUUCUGAACGACGCGUGGGUGCUGUCGCUGACAGGCGAAGACCCGUACCGCGGCGCCUUGUUUGCGCCUUGCAACUCGACGCCGCACCGCGUGGGCGGGAUGAACGCGUCUGGCUACUUUGCGUCGCAUUCGCUGUUCUUCCCCGGCGCGGGGAGUGCGGGCGGCGCGCGGUCGUCGUCCUCGCUGCUGCAGCAGCAGCUGAACAUGGGGCGGACCAUGCUGUCGCUGCGCAUGUACCCCUCGUACUACAUUCGCGAGACGCACAGCCCGGGGAUCCUCUGGGCACUCUGCAGCCAGCAGCGCUGGGUGUUUGGCGCCAUCUCGCAGCUCGUGGAGAACUCGCUGUCGCCGGUCGUGGCAAGCCGAAACGUGUACGUAAGCUGGGAGGAAACCCCCGAGAAAGAGCCGAUGCUUUCCAUCCAAGACGACGGCCAGGGCGUGGACUACCCCGCGAUGAACAAACUCCUCAGGCUGUACGGCGCCUUCGAGCCCGGCGACCGCAUGAGAAAGAGCUAUGAAUACGGUAUCGGCUUCAAGAUGGCCUUCGGGCGGCUGUCGUCGAGCUGCGCGGUCAUGUCGCGCACGCAGGGCACGAUCGGCGUCGGCAUGCUGUCCAUGGAGCUGAUGGGACACUGCGACGCGCGCGAGAUCGUAGCGCCGAUGUGCAUGUGGCGUCUUCCAAACAAGGAGCUGAUCAACCGCGACCCGAACAACGCGGCCGAUCACAGACACCACCAGCGUCUCCUAAUGAGCUACACCCCGUUCACGACUCCGAAUCUGCUGGCAGAGCAAAUCAACUUGCUGGGGACAGUUCCCGGUACGCGUUUGGUUUUCUGGGAUCUGCGCGACGACCUCGAUUUUUUGCUAUUCGACGCGGAAGAAGGCACUCUCUUCUUGAACAGCGCACCCACCGCGUCUUCGUGCGGCGACAAGAAGCGCGAGAAGCGCCCGAGCAACCCGUUUGCGGCUGGGGCUGCGGCCGCGCCGCCCGCGAAGGACGCCACUGAGGGCGACGGCGUGUCGCGGGGCGAGGAUGGCGCACAGGGCAAGGCCGCGGAGACGCAGGGGUCGCUGGCGGAGGCGGCGAAGAACGGCAAGAAGGGACGCAUGGAUGACUUGACGCGGCCGCGGAGCGAGCGCGAGGAGGAUGUACACGCAAGCGCCGUCGGAGGUCCCGAGCUUCUGGAUCUGGAUGAGGAAGGCAAGCCGCUGCCGUCCGCGGAGGAGGAGCGGGAGCCGCAGGUCGCGAAGAAGGAGGCCGCGGCGGGCGGCGCCGCCGAGCAGUCGGAGAAGGCCGUCCCAACGACGAGCUCUGCGGAGGGAAAAGACGCGGACGCGGCCGCAGAGGAGAAGCCCGGGCGAGUGGGCGAGAAGCGCAGCACGUGCCUGAAGGGCGGGCUGCCGCCCGUGUUCCCGCUGUGGACAUGCGCGCGCCAUGCGCUCGACUACUGUCUGCCCACCUACCUCUUCUGGUUCCACCUGCAUGCGCCUGCGCUCAUCCACGUUCAGGGCCUCCCCCUCCUGCCGACCCCCGCGAGCCUUGCAAAGAAGAAGAGCCUCGCGGCGGCGCGACCGGACGAGGAGGCGGAGAAGAAGAACGCAGGGGCGGACGGCGCGGAGGAGGCAAGGCCUGCGCAGGACGCGCGUGAAGCGGCAAACGCCGCGCAGGGCGACGCGCCGCGCGGAGGACAGGACGAAGCCAAGGCGCCGGCCGACGCCGAGAAGGAGCGCGAGGAAGACAGAAAGAAAAGAGAGCUCGCAAAAAGCGAGAAGCAGGGCGCCGAGGAGGAGCAAGAAGAAAGCGAAGAACUCGCAGAAACCACGGGGCCAGGCCGGUCGCUCUACUUCUUCCUCAAAGAAAGACUGUAUUGCCAGGCGGAGCUGCAGUAUCUCUUUACGCCGGCGGAUCACGCGACAGGCUGCUUUGCGCUCUUCGGCUUCCUGAACGACCCGACCGAGUCGCCGUCGUUGGAGAAGAGGGACAAACCGCGCGUCUGCGAAGCUGGCGUGCUGCUCUACUUCCGCCAGAGGCUUGUGCGGCGCCUCGACGCGGCCUUUCCUGACUACCCGCGCGCGCUCGACGCUGCGCGAGAGCCAGUGGAUGACUCUUUGUUCGGAGGCAAAGACGGCCGGAGCUCCGCGGAGAUGUUCAAGUACUGCCUGACGGCGGUGGUGCACGUUCCUGAGUGGAUGCUCCCGUCGAUGACGAAGCAGGACUUCCUUCACGAGCACAACACGCCCUUCAUGAAAUUCAAAUCACGACUGUUGAAGCUGAUCGACGAAUACCUCCGACGCUGCCGCAACCCUGAGGCUCUCCAGGCGUGGCUGGAUGACAGAGCUCGCCGCCUUCGGGACUAUCACGAGGAGCUCAGGCGUUCGCGGCCCAAACGGCGCCUCGGCGAAGACUUCACAGACGAGGAACGCCCGCGACGCAGCCCGACGCCUCCCGCAGCGCACUCGAGCUCAGGCGCCCCGAUUUGGACCGGCGAGCGAGGCAGCGGCGCGGGCGCGACGGGCGCAUCCCCGCCGCCGGCGAAGCAGCGCGCGGUGGCGCGGUCUGCAGCCCAAGCCGGAGGCGCGUGGAGUGAAGAGCGCGGAGCGGAGGGCGACGCAGGGAGAAAGGAGGAGCGGACCGCCGCGGCGCCCGAGGACGUGCAGAUGGAGGAAGCCGCGGCGCCCGCUGGCGAGCCCGACGAGGCUGGGCAGGCCCGCGAAGGCAAAGGCGGAGAGACGGCUCCGACGGAGGCCGCCUCUGCGGCGGGGGCGUCUCCUGCGAUGGACUCUGGCGCCGUGGCCGCGGAGACUGGGGCCGCGCCGGCGGCCAUCGGAGCCGGGGCUGGGGAUAGUGUGGGCGCGGGGACAGCUGCUGGGGCUCCAGAGCCCAGCGCGGUCGGAAGUGGUGUCUCCGAGGAUGCCACCGCAGGGCCUUCGGGCGACGCCAGCCAGACGAAGGAAGACAGUGUCUCGUCUCCUCUCGCCAGCGAAGAAGAACAAGGUAAAGGAGACGGGGGCGCGAUGGAGUCCGUUGAGAAGGAUGACGGCAAAGUUGUUGCCUAG